AUGGAAACAAUUCAGUAUCAUGUUGGUUUUAUUGUGUUAGGUUGUUUGAAAGGCACAUCAAGUGAAAGAGUAUUAUCUAGUUUGGGAUGGUUAAACCUAUGCGAUCUUUUUUACAUCAAUCGUUUACUACAUUAUGUAAAAAUUAUACGCGGUUGCACAGCUUCUAAUUUAACUGAGUACAUUCAGCGAAAUCAAAAUCAGCGAUAUAAUCUAAGAAGUGGGGGACGACUGGUAACAGUUGAACGCGUUAGAGAUUUUGUCACGGUAGCCACAGACGAAUGGAAUGCUUUCUUGAUAACAUUUCCAUCACUGUGUGUUUUAAAACUCAACACAAUAAAAUAUAUAGCCAUGGCCGCUAAUAAUUUAGGUGAUACAGAUGAUAUUGUUGAGUUACCCGCUAUACCAUCAUCAGCUCCCGAUUGGGUACAACAAUUACCAUCAAAUGGUCGAUAUGUUGAUCGUACUAAACUGUACGAUAUUACCGGUCAUUUAUUAUUUGAUAGUUUAUUAAAUGCAAAUGGUAUUCAACAUUUUUAUUAUUUUAUGAGUAGUGAUAAAGAAGCAAAACUUGUUGAAGAUGGAUUUAAAGAUGAAAUAAAAUCUGCUGAUAGUUGUAAUGGAAUGGAUGGACCAGAAGUACGAGUAGCAUUUCAAUUAGGUCAUGGUAUUUGUGGUCAUAAGGGACUUGUCCAUGGUGGUUUAACAGCAACCAUGAUCGAUGAAGUAUCGGGAGCAGCAGCAUUUGCUUGUGUUGGUCCAUCAUUUACGGCUAAUUUGAAUAUUGAUUAUUUGAAACCAAUAGCAACACCCAAUUGGGUAUUGGUACGUGCUCAUGUUAACAGACAAGAGGGACGAAAAGCAUUUGUUGAAUGUGUAGUAGAAAAUGGCGAAGGUAUUCAAUAUGCCAAAGGGCGUGGUUUGUUCAUUAAACCAAAAGUUAACGUUGAAGAACAUUUGAAAACACAUAGUGUCGAUAAUAAUUAA